GCGGCUCCCGGCCGCCAUGAGCAGGAAGCGGGUGAAGUUAUUGGUGGACUCGCUGACCCGAUCCUCCAAGCACUUUAACAAAAGCGAAGUGGAAUGUCUGGUGAACCUCUUUGACACGCUGGUGGCCAAGGCCAGCAGCCACUUUGCGGGGGCCGGGUUCGACCGCACCGUGUUCCGAGACACCCUGCACAGCGCCUUUGGCCUGACGGAUGAAGUGAUGCUGGACCGAGUGUUCAGUGCUUUUGAUAGAAGCAACACUGGCAGCAUCACUGUGGUGGAAUGGGUGGAAGGCUUAGGAGUGUUACUUCGGGGGACACUGGAAGAGAAGAUGAAAUGUAAGAUUGAUCUGUAUGCUAAUAUUUGGUAUCUCAAGCCAAGCAAGACCAGUGCCAACAUUCAUUUACUAGCACAGUGGGGACACAGUAGCAGUUGCAUUAGCUCCAGCAGUUCUUCAGCUUGGAAGCAGAAAUGGAGAAAAUAUAAGAUGGGAGUUAAGGACUUGGUAGAGAUAGCACUGAAGAAAAUGGACUAUGAUCAUGAUGGCAAGCUUUCUUUUACGGACUUUGAAAAAGCAGUCAGAGAAGAAAGCCUUCUCUUGGAAGCCUUUGGACCAUGUUUGCCAGACAUAAAGAGCAUUAUCGCAUUUGAACAGAAAGUUUUCCGGGAAACUCCUAAAUAAGAACUCCAAGUUGUAACUCCAUUGCUGAGUACUGUUAAAAGGGGUCUUUGUCUUCACCAUUCUUCGUGAUACAGUAAAAACAGUAAUAAUUUCAACUUGCU